AUGCCCAUGAACCCCAAGCUCCAACUUGAGUUUCUCCUGUGGGGAAUCCUAUCAACCGCUGACACCGAGGCAACUUCGUCUUGCACAGCCCUCAAUCCAGCUUGGCCAUGUUUCCACCCCGGAUUUGUAAGCUACACCACAUACCACAUCCCUUGCUCAGCAAUGUUGUCAAGCUCGGGAGCGAGAAGAAAGGCCCCGCGUUGUGCAGGCUCUGGAAGAUAUCCACUCCCCACACCUUCUGCUACUCAACCUGUAACUGCCUCAAAUGCUAGAUCUAUCGGUCAACAACGUUGUCGAGCUCGGGAACGAGAAGAAAGGUCUCGCGUCAAGCUCGGGAGCGAGAAGAAAGGCCCCGCGUUGUGCAGGCUCUGGAAGAUAUCCACUCCCCACACCUUCUGCUACUCAACCUGUAACUGCCUCAAAUGCUAGAUCUAUCCACAACCCACUCCUCCUACACAAACUAAACAUUCAAAUGCCAGAUCCCUUGCUCAACAACGUUGUCGAGCUCGGGAACGAGACAGAGAGAAGAAGACAAUCAACAAGACCAUGGCGUGUAUUUACGAACCAUUGAGCAGCCAGGUCAGGCAGAAUGUAUGUCAAUAGCAAUAGAUCAUUUUUUACUCUGU